UAUCAGUUACCCCAUUUUCUUUUAACUUCAUGGCCAAUCCGGGAACUUUUUCCGACGAGCCAUUGAGUCCCGGUGGCCGGCUUUUCAUUCAACCAAAAACAGAAGUUAUCGUCCACUGCAUCGUCCGUACCAGAAAUCCCAUCGACGUAGAUGCCGCAAAAGCGACCGUGAAGUCUUCCUUUAUGGCACAGCACCCCAGAUUUUGCAGCCUGCUGGUUCGUGACGAGAAUGGUUUCGAGAGCUGGAGAAGAACCCGGCUAAACAUCGACCAACACGUCAUCGUCUUCAACAACCGGCUCGAUAGAUCAGGCAAGUUCAUUGAUGGAACUGAAACCCAAGGUCGUAGCUUCAACGAAGGAGAUGAUGACGAAGUGGCAGUGAAUCAGUAUGUAGCGGAUUUAUCAGUGAGCAGUCCACUGAGUACGGACAAACCCUUGUGGGAACUCCAUCUUUUAACGGCGCACAAGUGCGCCGUGUUCAGGAUUCAUCAUGCUUUAGGGGAUGGGAUCUCUUUGAUGUCCAUUUUGAUGGCGAGUUGCAGGAAGGCAAGCGAUGAGAAUGCGCUCCCCAUGAUGCUUCCCGAGAAGACUAGAGAAUCUAAGGGCGAGAAAAGAAAGGGCAUGUUCUGGUUUCUCGGUGCCUUGUGGGAGUUCUCGAAGAUAGCUUGGUUCACUUUGGUAUUCGUAAUGGAGUUUAUACUGAGGGGUUUUCUUGUUUCUGACCGCAAAACGGUGAUUUCCGGCGGCGAUGGCGUCGAGCUCUGGCCUAGGAAAAUGGUUACCGCUACGUUUUUGCUUGAGGACAUGAAGGAGGUGAAGAAGGCAAUUCCCAAUGCUACUAUUAAUGAUGUCCUGUUCGGGGUGGUGUCAUCCGGGCUAUCAAGAUACUUAGAUCACCGAUCGCCGAACGCCAUGGAUGAGGGCCGUCGUAUGACAGGUGUAGCCAUGGUUAAUUUAAGAUCAAAACCAGGUUUGCAGGAAAUAUCCAAACUAAUGAAGGAUAAUUCAGAAGCACGAUGGGGGAACAGAUUUGGUGUAAUUUUGUUACCUGUGUUCUAUGAUAAAGCUGGUAAUGAUCCUUUGAAGUAUUUGAAGAGAGCAAAGACAAUGGUUGAUAGGAAGAAAAGUUCCCUGGAAGCUUAUUUCUCGUACAGAAUUGGUGAUCUUUUAAUGACCCUGCUAGGAUCUAAGUAUGCUUGUCUGCUUAAUUACAGACUUCUAUGCAAUACCACCUUCACCAUCUCAAACUUGAUGGGCCCUCUAGAGGAAAUCACACUUGCAGGCAACCCUAUCUCUAGCAUUAAGGUCACUACCUCAAGCCUACCACAGGCUAUCACGAUGCACAUGUUGAGUUACGCUGGUAGAGCCGAGAUGCAAAUUCUUGUAGCUAAAGAUAUCAUCCCUGACCCGGAGAUUCUAGCUAAGUGCUUUGAAGAUGCCUUGCUAGAAAUGAAAAUGGCAGCAAUAGCAGGCCAAUAAAGCGUAGAAAAAAGUUAUAGAUUAAUGGUGUAGGAGAGAUUCAUGAACAUUACAUUUAUCAAAUGGAAAUUCUUGUGAGAA